UGAAGGAUUUAUUUAGUUCGACGAGCACUGCAUUCCAACAAACAAACAUCUAUUCCGGAAGCUUCGAUUUUUUUUUUGUUAAACAAAUUUUGCGAAACAAACACAAAGAAGUGUAACCAAGAGGGGGUUGUGCUGUGUAUUUGUUGUGUUGCAGCUGUCGAAGAAUUUUUAAACAACAAAUCAAAGAAGUGAAACUGCAGUUGAAAGAGCAAACAUACCACAAAUGGAUGAAUCACGCGAAGAAAACCAAUUCAUUGUAGAUGAUGUAAGCAAAAUCAUCAAGGAAGCUAUAGAGAGUACGAUCGGGGGAAACGCCUACCAGCAUGACAAGGUCAACAACUGGACGGGUCAGGUGGUGGAGAACUGUCUAAGCAUGCUGACCAAGGAGCAGAAACCAUACAAAUACAUAGUCACCUCAAUGAUAAUGCAGAAAAAUGGUGCCGGCCUGCACACGGCCAGUUCGUGUUACUGGAACAACGACACCGAUGGCAGCUGUACAGUGCGUUGGGAAAACAAGACCAUGUACUGUAUAGUUUCAGUUUUUGGUUUGGCUGUUUAAAGACCGGCAGCAGCAGCAUGAGGUGGCUGGCAAAUGGAUGCCACCAAAACCAAACAACCAACCAAUCGAUAGCUGACGAUAGUUUUUCAUCUUCAACAUGCUACAACAUUUAUAUAGUAUUCGUAAGUUCUUUUCCAACCCAUUUUUUUUUAAGUUGGGGAAAAAAUACAGUGGUGGCCAUAGUUGCAAAGGAAAAUCGAAUCAUAAACAACAACACGACAACAACAAUGGGGAGGGAUGGAGAGACUCUUUGUAAAAUUCCAAAUUUGUUUCUAAAAACAAGCAAGUAAAACAAAAACAAAUAUAGAAAAAUUAUCAAUCUUCUUAGAAACCUAAUCGAGCAUAAACCAAUUGUUUGGCGAAUUUAAAGUUAUUAUAAAUACCACCUUAGCAGCAAGAUGUUUUUUAAGCUAUCCUAAAAGAAAAACAAAAAACAACCCACACUUCUAUGCAAAAUUUCUGGCAAUGUUUUAUUGGUUUUUGUUUUUGUUUUAUCAUUCAAUCGAUAAAGAAAUUGUAAUUGUAAUGCAACAACACCUUCGUUGUAUUCUGCUGCUGUUACAGCAACAAAACGAAAAAAACAACACCAAACGGCAAAUUACCAAGUAGUGGCGCUUUUUGUUCUCUUUUUGCUAAAAACACUCAACAAAAAACUACUCACACACACACACA